AUUGUCGCGUUAGCCAAUUUGUGAUCGGCUGCUGAAAAUAUUUGGCAGCCGUUUUGCGUAAAACGAAUCGAGACUUGCGCUUACGAUUUCGCAAAAUUAAUGUCGUGGCUCGUUGAGAGAAGGGAGAGGCCGUGUUUGGGGAGAAGGUGAAAGUGAGAACCGUCCACGGACAUAACCUAAGAAUAAGCUGUAUGCGCGGUUGUCGCAGAUUUCCUGAAAUUUACAACGAAGCGAUACCGCUUUUCAAAAACAUUUUUUGACAUGAUCCUUUCAAAGUGUUGUUUUCUUGAUGAAUGACUUAUCAGAACUGGAGGUAAGAACGAGAAAAUAUGGAGACUUGCAACGAAGGAGGCGACCGAAUUCUAAUUGACACCGCGGUAACGCAAAGAAGUUGGUCGGAAUUGAGAAGUGUGGUCAGUGAUCUACGUAGGAAAUUGUCUGGAGUAUCGGUGGGCUCUGUGCCUGGAUCUAUAACAUUUCGAUCUUUACCAGAUGGACGGACCAGAAUUUAUUUUCUUAGUAGUCCAAGCAAUAGAUGGGAAACUACGUUGCUAUUUGUAGACAUUGCACACUCGGAACAUGCUAAUGGCUAUUGUCUUCAUUGGCAACCUAUCAUAGAGGCAAAUUUUCAAACAGUGUCAAGUACCAAAAGAUUAUCAAAAGAAGAACAGUUAUUAUGGGAAAGAAAAAGAUUGGCUACAUGGGGUAUCACUAGUUACGAGAUUCACCUGGAUAGUGGAAAAUUAGUUUUUCCAGCUGCGAGCAGUCUUUACCAAUGUAUAGACACAGGAUUUAUGGCAGGACCUCUUUUCCCAUCUGAAAUUCGUAUGUCAACGUCAGGUGCAAAAUUAUGUCCACAAAUCUGUCCAUGGAACAACGCAUUAAUUGCUCACACAUGCUCGGGUGAUUUGUACCUGUCUCAUAGCAUCACAGGUUCUUCUGUAAGAUUAACACAUGCAAGAAAAGGUGGCAAAAGUUUGGCAAAUGACCCGCUCACUGCUGGAACUCCUUCUUAUGUGAUGCAAGAAGAAUUUACUAGAUAUACCGGCUAUUGGUGGCAACCGAAAUCUAAUGGCGGUACCUAUAGAAUAGUCUAUGAAGAGAUCGACGAAAGUGAUGUGAAAAUAUUUUGUUUUCCAUCAACUUCAAAUUCCGAAGAUAUAGAUGAAUUUAGGUUUCCUAGAGCUGGUACUCCUAACGCGAGGAGUAACCUUAAGAUGGUGCAAUUUCGAUUAACAGAAACGUUACAAAUUGUUGACAUUGAAAUAUUAGAACUUCAAUAUCCAUUGCAUAUUAUGUUCCCAUGGAUGGAAUACAUGGUAAGAGUAGGAUGGACUCCUGAUGCACAAUACGUUUGGGUCCAGUUACUGGACAGAAAGCAGCAAAGACUCGAGUUAGUUCUAUUAUCGAUAGACAAUUUUUGCGAACCACCACCUAACGUGUAUAAUUCAGAAAAUCACUUUACACCGUCGUCGGCGAGUGUCCAAGUAAUAUAUUCUGAACAAAGUUCAAUUUGGAUCAAUGUUAACGAUCUUCUUUAUUUUUUACCAUCCGAUGAUCCAACGGAAGUAAAAUUCCUUUGGGGCAGCGAGGAAUCUGAUUAUAGACAUCUGUAUCUCAUUACAUCUAGUAUAGCGGGUUUAAAUAACGAGGUGGAAGAACCGUUGGAUAAAAUGGAUAGUAUUUUUUUGCAACCUCGAGUUACCUCUAAAGUCGCUUUGACCCAAGGAGAUUGGGAAGUCUUGGGUAAAAAAUUGUGGGUAGACGAACUCAAUUCUAUUGUUUAUUUUUGUGGUUUACGCGAAGGUCCACUAGAACAGCAUGUUUAUGCUGUAUCGCUUCGUCGUCCACUGGAAAUACGGUUGCUCACAAGGCCGGGUUGUAGUCACAACAGUAUCUAUUUUAAUAAGGAAUGUACAAUGCUGGUGACAGUUUACAGCUCCAUCAAAACGCUACCUACUUGUCAAGUAUUUAAAAUAUCGCAAUCAGAUUGGACGGUGGAAAGUAUUUCUUUAACUCCUGUGGGUUAUUUAUUAGAACCAUCCGCUCUCGAAUCGGAAUUAUUUGCUCCGGAAAUUUAUACUCAUAAAAUAUCAUCUAACGACACUAUUUACUCAAUGAUCUUUAAACCGCAUAACUUUCAAGCCGGUGUAAAAUAUCCCACGAUAUUGAAUGUGUACGGUGGUCCUGAAGUACAGUUAGUAUCAAAUACGUUCAAAGGAAUGAGGCAUUUAAGGAUGCACAUGUUGGCUGCUCAAGGCUAUUGCGUAGUAUUAAUCGAUUCUCGUGGCUCGCAUCACAGAGGCUUAGUAUUUGAAAGCCACUUGCAACACAGAAUGGGAACUGUUGAAUUAAAUGAUCAAGUUGAAGUACUAAAAUGGUUAGCGGAUACUACUGGUUACAUUGAUUUAAAUCGCGUAGCGAUUCAUGGUUGGUCUUACGGAGGAUAUCUAAGUCUUAUGGGCCUAAUACAGUAUCCAGAGAUAUUUAAGUUAGCAAUCGCUGGUGCACCGGUUACUUCUUGGAAUUUUUAUGAUACUGGAUAUACCGAACGUUAUAUGGAUUUACCACAAAAUAAUCCUCAAGGAUACAUGUCCGGUUCCAUUUUAACAUAUAUGGAUAAGUUUCCCGACGAAGAAAAUAGAUUAUUGAUCAUUCAUGGACUUAUAGACGAAAAUGUACACUUUUUCCACACAAGUCAAUUGAUCAAUGCUCUUGUCAAAUGUGGGAAACCAUAUCAACUGCAAGUUUAUCCCAAUGAAAGACAUAGUCUCAGAAGUUUGGAUGCUAGUAAACAUUACGAAACUACACUACUGUCAUUCUUACAAAAUCAUUUAUAAAUUUAUUACUCUUAUUCGCAUAUAUAGUUACACCGAUAAAUACUGAUUGAAACAUUUUAACAAUUUAAGUGACUGCCAUUACGUUUAUGUACAUAGAUUAAAUGAAUUAAAAAUUAUUUUCCGUGUCGUUGCGUUCGCGAUGGUGUUGCCUAAUGUAAAUCUUACGUUCUGUACGAAGACUACGCAAACACUACUUCAACAGUAUUAUAAUUUUACUACAAAAAAAUUACAAUAAAAGAUAUUUAAAAAUUUUACACAUAUACGAAGAAUAGUAUUUCUUUUCCGUUUAUAGAACUGUAGAGAAAGAACGUACGUAAACAUUAACGUUAACGACAACACAUUCGGGCAUACAGCCAUCGCGAAACUUAUACCAAACGCAAUUUGCAACCUCGUUGACAAGUAAUUAUAGAGUUUUACAAUUGUAAGAUUUAUUGUUACUUUUCUAAGAAAAUGGA